GCCAGAGGCGCAGGCUGUGAAAGCCAGAGACUGAGCGCUACAAUGCUGAGCUCAGGGCUUCUUCCCCUUCUCCUGCUGCUCACAGCUGUGGAGCUGAGCUGGGCCCUUACAGAGGAUGACAAGAGGUUGAUUGUGGAGAUGCACAACAACUACCGCUCCCAGGUCUCCCCUCCUGCUGCAGACAUGCUGAAAAUGAGCUGGGACCCGGAGCUGGAGGCUUUUGCCAAAGCCUAUGCGGCAAAGUGCAUCUGGGGUCACAACAAGGCGCGCGGGCGGCGGGGCGAGAACCUCUUUGCCAUCACGGACGAGAUGGACGUGGAGGUGGCCAUGGAGCAGUGGUACGAUGAGCAGGAGCAUUACAACCUGACCACGGCCAAAUGCGCCCUAGGGCAGAUGUGUGGCCACUACACCCAGGUGGUCUGGGCAAGCAGCGAAUACAUUGGCUGUGGGACGCAAUUUUGUAAAACCCUGCACGGCGUGGAAGAUCCUGACCUCUACCUGCUGGUCUGCAACUACAGCCCUCCCGGCAACGUGCGAGGGCGCAAGCCAUACAAGGAGGGCCCCGCGUGCUCCCAGUGCCCCGAGGGCUAUACGUGUAGGAACUCAAUCUGUGAACCCAGGGGAGACUCGGAAGAGACCUCUACAUCCUCUAGGACAAGGCCGGCCCCCACCACGACCACGAGUCCCCCCACCACUGAUGCCACAAGGCCGGCCCCCACCACAGUGGAAAAAAAGCCAGGCCCACCCACCAGGCCAGCCCUCACCCCCUCUACCCUGAACCCCACUAUUUCCCCCACAGCCACAAGGCCAGCCCUUGUCAACACCACCAUGAACAAAAGGCCGACACCCACCCCCUCCAGCCUGACACCCACCCUCAGAGCAAGGCCCAACCCUCCCUCAGCCACUGGGCCGACACCCUCCUUGGAGCCGACCUCAGACCUGGACCUGACACCCUCUCCCGAAAAACAAGUGGGCUCUGAGGAGACUGGUGCUCCCUUGGCGACCACGGAGGACAUGCUCUUCCUCGACCUGGAGUCCACCUUCGGCCCUCCUGCCUCCCCCGGAGGAGAGGGAGCCUGGAAGGAGCCUAAUGCAGUUUCCCUGGGAGCUGAGCCAGCUCUCUCCUCAGAGCCCCCUCCAUCCUUCAGCCUUAUGCCUCUGGAAACCGAGCUGAGCUUGGCCAAUACCAAGCAGCCCCCACCUGCCCUACAGCCAGCACCCGCCACGGCUAAGGUGACCGUCCCCUUGCAUGUGUUGCCAUCUUCCAAGGCCACAGGGGGGCACAACCUCGCUGCCCACUCCUCCCUGUCAGGUGCCAGGGAGAUCGAAGAGCUGAUGACGGGCCCCACGCAGAAGGAUUUGGACCAGCUCAGUGGUUCAGCCACCAGCAACUUUCUGGAGUUUUCGCUCUUCCUGCUCACUGCUCCCCUUCUGACAGGCCUUCUGCUCUGACGGGCCCAUCUCAGCCCGCCAUGCUCCUGCCCGCCAACUCUCCUCCAGUGCGGGUCGCCCACGGCCCCGCUGGGUGGGGCCACGCCAGCCAGGGGAGACGCCCUGCUGGGCCCAAGUCCGCUUCACUCGUUACACUGUGCCGUGCCCAGCAAAUGGUCCCUUCCUAGCACUGCUGGGAGCCCGCUAGCCCUGGCUCCCAAAACGGGAGGGAGGGGGAGCUACGUUUAUGUGCCCAGCUCACUGUUGAAGGGGCGGGAGCAGCUGGGCAGGAGAAAUUCCUUCCUCUUCCUCUCCGAGCUCUAACUCUUACCUGAUGCUCCCUAAUUCCUCUUCCCGUCUGACUCAGAGACAGGACCCUGGUUCCCCUUCCCUGCUCGUCUAGCGGCUCAGAGCUUCCUGGCCCUGCCCUCACUGGAAAUGAUGCCUGAACAUCUAUCCACAUGGGGCUGCAAGGUCCUUCCCCACAAAUCCCGCACGAAGGGCAGUGCAGAGCCAUGGAUGGUACAGCCCUAGGCAAACCCCUCUCUCCUCCUCUAGGGAAUGGGCCUACGGAGCCCAGGCUUGGCAGAGAGCCGGGAAUUAAACCCUGCUUAGGAGUGUCGUUCCGUCCGUCACAUGCCUCUCGCUCGGAGUUACGCCACGUGCCAGGGUCUAAUUCUGUUUGUGCAUAGAAAAGAUACUGGUGCGCCAGGAAGGAGGCAGCUCAUUGUAAAACUCCUGUCGCCAUCUUCUGCACCUCGCGGCACGACUUCAGACUAGCUUCCCUCUAGCACCUGAAGCGUGCACAGCGUAUUUCAGGUUAGCUACGCCUCUCGGCCUGCGGUGGGCCUCCGCUACGCACAGUGGAAUCUGACCCAGCAAAAAUCAGGUGGCCUGGCAGAGCUCCAAGCAAGUUCCGCAGGGGGUUCUCCACUGGAAGCAGGACUUACCGUAGAUCCGCUGUCACCAUAUGUGGCGUUCCUGUUUGUUUCCCCUCUGCCUCUGCGCCAUGUAUCUUACCUUGCCAGGACAGGUGUGUUAACUACACAACCAGCUGCAGCAGGUCCAGUUGCGAUCCAGUGCAAGGGGCCAAGUGAUAGGAACCUUUGGCAACUGCAGUCUCCGGUGGGUUUGCUAACAGAAGCCGUGAGGCCUGUAGUCCCUUAGCUGCAAGAGACACUGGUUCCAAUACCCCGCGAGGUCCUGCUCUCAAUAAACACUGUUCUGAAACCAG